AUGUUGUUUACUCACCUCUUCUUCUCUCUCUCUCUCUCACAUCAAUCGUCGUUCAAAAAUCAAAUAAAAACUCUUCUUCUCAAAACCAACGAAACGACAAAAACAGAACAAAAAAUCAACGCCGCCUCGGUUUUCGAAGAAGCUGAAAAAGCCGUCGUUAUCCCGAAAGACGCGGAUGGGAUUAAAAAGUCCAUCCAGAGGCAAAUUGCAACGGGGACUAUCCCAGCCAUUCCGACCUAUUUCGACAACGAGGACAUGUACCAAGCGACGGCGCAAGCCGCUCGAGAACAGCUCGUCGAAAGAUGGAACGAUACGUACGAGCACUUCCACAAGGAAAACCCGAAGCAAGCGUACUACAUUUCCAUGGAAUUUUUGCAAGGCAGAGCGUUGACGAACGCCAUCGGGAACAUGAAGCUGACCGGUGAGUACUCCGACGCUUUGAGAUCGUUGGGUUACUCCUUGGAAUCUUUGGCCGAGGAGGAAAAGAACAUGGGUCUCGGUAACGGCGGUUUGGGUCGAUUAGCCGCGUGCUUUUUGGAUUCCAUCGCGACUUUGUCCUUGCCAGCCUGGGGUUACGGCAUGCGAUACAAGUACGGCUUGUUCAAGCAAGGGAUCGAUCAAACGACCGGGCAACAAAAGGAAUACGCGGACGACUGGUUGGUCAGAGGCAACCCGUGGGAAAUCCCGAGACCGCAAAUCUCCUACCCGAUUUCUUUCUACGGGAAAAUCGAAGGCGACUCUAAAUGGGUUCCGGGGCAGCAAGUUGCCGCGGUCGCGUACGAUACCCCGAUUCCAGGUUACAACACGAAGAACUGCAUCUCUUUGCGUUUGUGGGACGCGCAACCUAUCGUCAAGGACUUCAACUUGACCGCGUUUAACGACUCCGACUACAAGGCGGCCAUGGGGCCGACCAACUUGGCGCAACAAAUGAUGGCGGUGUUAUACCCGGGCGAUGCCACCAAGGAAGGCAAAGCCUUGCGUUUGUCGCAGCAAUACAUGUUGUGUUCGGCGUCGGUGCAAGACAUCUUGGCGAGAUGGAAAGAGCGAGGUAACACGGAUUGGGAAAAGUUGCCGGAAAAAGUGUGCGUACAAAUGAACGACACGCACCCGACGUUAGCUGCGCCGGAAUUGAUGCGCUUGUUGAUCGACGAGGAAGGUUUAACUUGGGAAAAGUCGUGGGAGAUAACGAAGAAAACUGUUGCGUACACCAACCAUACGGUCAUGCCGGAAGCGUUGGAGAAGUGGCCGUUGGACUUGAUGGAAGAAUUGCUCCCGAGACACAUGCAAAUCAUUAGGCAAAUCGAUCAAAAGUUCAUGAACGAUGUCAAGGAAGCGUUCAAGGGCAAGAAAGAUGACAAGGAAAUGGCCGCGUUCUUAAAAGCGACGACGAUUUUGGAAAACGUCUACGCGGAUUCCGUCGGCGGACCAAAGAUGGGCGAUACCAUGGAAAAAGCCGAAGCGCCGCCAGCGACGGUCAGAAUGGCCAACUUGUGCUGCAUCGCCGGUUUGUCCAUCAACGGCGUCGCGCAAAUUCACUCCGAUAUCGUCAAAGCGUUCACGUUCAAAGAGUUUGCGGAAAUCUACGGCUACAAGUUCCAAAACAAAACCAACGGCGUCACGCCGAGAAGAUGGUUGGCCUUUUGCAACCCGGAGUUGAGCAAAGUCAUCACGAAAUGGGUCGGAAACACCGACGCCUGGAUCACGGACACCGAAGUUUUGCGUAAGUUGAUGGACAACGCGAAGAACCCUGAAUUGCAAAAAGAGUGGAAGGAGGCCAAGCUCGCGCGCAAACAGAUUUGCAAAGACUACAUCAAGAAGACUACCGGUAUCGACGUCCCGAUCAACGCCAUGUUUGACAUCCAAGUCAAGAGAAUCCACGAAUACAAGAGACAAUUGUUGAACAUUCUCGGCAUCAUCUACAGAUACAGACAAAUCAAAGCUAUGUCCAAGGAGGAAAGAGCGAAGGUUGUUCCGAGAGUGUGUGUCUUUGGCGGCAAAGCGUACGCCACGUACAUCCAAGCGAAGAGAAUCGUUCGUUUGGUCACCGCGGUCGGGGAAGUCGUCAACAACGAUCCGGAAAUCGGGGACUUGAUGAAGGUUGUCUUCGUCCCGGAUUACAACGUUUCCGUCGCGGAAACCUUGAUCCCGGCCUCGGAGUUGUCCCAACACAUCUCCACCGCCGGUACGGAAGCUUCGGGUACCUCGAACAUGAAGUUUCAAAUGAACGGCUGCUUGAUCAUCGGUACUUUGGACGGUGCGAACGUCGAAAUCCGUGAGUGCGUCGGCGACGACCACUUUUUUUUGUUCGGUAUCACCGAAGACGAAGUCGAACCGGCGAGAGAGGAAAGAGCCGCCGGGAAAUUCGUAGCGCCGAAGACCUUCUUGGAUACCAUCGAGUACGUCCGAUCGGGCGCGUUCGGUAAAAAGGGCGAAUUCGAAGAACUCUUGGGUUCUUUGGAAGGUAACUCUGGUUUCGGCCAAGGCGAUUACUUCUUGGUCGGUAAGGAUUUCCAAUCUUACAUCGAGUGCCAAGAUGAGGUUGACGAGGCUUACAGAAACCAAGAGGGCUGGACCGAGUCUUCCAUCUUGUCCACGGCGACCUCGGGUAAGUUCAACUCGGACAGAACCAUCGACCAAUACGCCAAGGAAAUCUGGGACAUCAAGCCGUGCGUUGUGCCGUAA